UCCUCGGGGCCACCAUGAGGGCAUCGGACGAGCCGGAGCGGGACGGAGAAGCGGCCGAAGCGGAGCGGGAGUUCGCGCGGCAGUGGCGCCGCCAGUUCCCCGGGGAGGCGCUGCCGGUGCUGCGGCGGGGCUCGGCGGGGGCGCUGGAGGCGGAGCUGGGCCGCUGCCGGGAGGCGCUGCGGGGGCUGCGGGUGGCCCUCCGCCAGGAGAACCUCAAGGCCCGCUACCUGCAGGACCGCCUGGCCCGCGCCAGGGACGCCCCGCCGCCGCCCCCGCCCCGCAGCUGGAAGCCGCCCCGGAGACCCCCGGAGACCCCCCGGCCGGAGCCCCGCAGCGGCAGCAGCGAGGAGGGCGAGGAGGAGGAGACGCCGGCAGACUUCAAUUACCCCCCGGAGGAUUAUGAUGCGGAGGGCAACGAGGAGGUCAGAGUUCGUCCCGGCAGCUCGGAAACCAUGCCCUACAUCGACGAAUCACCCACCAUGUCCCCCCAACUGGGCGCCCGCAAUCCGGAUGGCGGCAACGGCGGAGGGACGUCGCAAAGCGUUUCCCCCAUCCCUGCCGAUGGACUGGGCACUGUGGCCCUCCCCCAGGGGCUGCCCCUUCCCCUCCCUCCCUCCCUCCCCUGCGCGGGCUCGUCCCCCUGGGAGGCAGCAGGCGAGGCUGUGCCACUUCCUGUUCGCCUGGCUGAGAGCGGUGGGGCAGCGGCUGCCAAGUCGGAGGUGGCAAGCAGGAAGGCAGGCAAGGCGGGGGAAGGGGUCUCCCAGGCCCGCCUCCUCCACCAAGGGACCACGACCCCCACCCACCCCCAGCCAGCCCGGCCAGACGGCCUGCCCUCCUCGCUGGCCACUGCCCAGCCAUGGCCCCCUUCCCGGCCUGUGGGCAGCGCCCUGCCGGCCGGGAAGGACCCCCCUGCGCCCCCUCCCCGAAUUAGAGGACCCCCCAUCGCAGCCCAACCCCUGGCGGGCAUGGAGGAGGAGGAGGAGGCCGCCUUGGGCUUCUUAGACCGAGUCUUGCAAGAAGAGGAGGAGGAGGAAGAAGAAGAAGGGGGCACCGGCGUUGGCAGAGCGCAGGAAUUUAAAAAGUUUGCAUUACGGGAAUCGAACCGCCGAUAUCCUUUCGGUUUGAAAUGA